UCUCUCUCUCUCUCUCUCUCUCUCUAUCUAUCUCUCUCUCUCUCUCUGUCUCUGUGGUGUGGGCGUGUUUGUUCCCUCCCCCUCUUCCAGAAGUAGCGGAGCUGAGGGCUGUUGAUAGUCCUGUGUGUACCGGGGGCGCCAGAUCCGAGUGGAUCGCCGAGCCGAGCGCUGCGGCAAUGAAGAGGAGGCUUCAGAAGAAGUACAUCAUCCUCAUCGUCGCCUACUCGGUCCUGCUGCUGCUCGUCCCGUACGUGCUGGACUACCGCGGUCACUCGGCUCACGCCAAGCAUGCAGUGCAGCAGCAGAGGUGCCCCGACCUGGAGAACACUAUGGCGCUGUGGAGCGGCAUCGGCGGCGGAGCGGCAGGAGGAGCCGGAGGAGGAGGUAACGGUACGGAGGCGGCGGGCGAGGACGGCGGCAUCAGGAACGACACCAAGAUCCACAUCUAUCUGCACGCCACGUGGAGGACGGGCUCGUCGUUCCUGGGCGAGCUGUUCAACCAGCACCCGGACGUCUUCUACCUCUACGAGCCCAUGUGGAAUAUGUGGCAGGCGCUGUACCCGGGCGACGCGGCCAGCCUGCAGGGCGCCGUGCGCGACAUGAUGAGCUCGCUGUUCCGCUGCGACUUCUCCGUGCUGCGGCUGUACGCGGGCGCGGCCAACGUCAGCACGGCGUUCGUGUUCGGCUGGAAGACCAACAAGGUGAUCUGCUCCGAGCCGCUGUGCGCCGCCUACAGCAAGCGCGACGUGGGGCUCGUGCAGGGAGACGUGUGCGCGCGCUGCCCGCCCCGCGACCUCGCCGAGCUCGAGCGCGAGUGCCGCAAGUACCGCGCCGUGGUGAUCAAAGACGUGCGGGUGCUCGACGUGGGCGUGCUGGCUCCGCUCGUGCGCGACCCCGCGCUCAACCUGCGCGUCGUGCAGCUGUUCCGCGACCCGCGCGCCGUGCACAACUCGCGCCUCAAGUCCAAGCUGGCGCUCGUGCGCGAGAGCAUCCAGGUGCUGCGCAGCAAAAAGCACGCAGACCGCUACCGCCGCCUGCUCGCGCCCGGCGCGCGCGCCAACCGCGCCGAGAACUACGUGGCCAGCGCCAUGGAGCUGAUCUGCGACGGCUGGCUCGGAGACAUGCUGCUCGUGGCCAACGCGCCGCCGUGGCUGCGCAGGAACUACAUGCAGAUACGCUACGAGGACCUGGUGCUGCGGCCCGUGGACGAGCUCCGGCGGCUGUACCGGUUCUCGGACCUGCCGGUGUCGCCCGAGCUCGAGAAGUUCGUGCUGAACAUGACGCGCGGUCGAGGAUACAGCUCGGACAAGCCGUUCCUUAUCUCGUCCCGGGACGCCAAAGAAGCCAUCUACGCCUGGAGGGAGCGCCUCAACGUGGAGCAGGUCAACCAGGUGGAGGCCUACUGCAGCGAGGUCAUGCGCCAGCUGGGCUACCAGAAGAGGAACCCGGACCAGACGUAGAGUACAAAAGCCUGAGGAGGAGAACUGUGAGAGAAGAGCAGAGACUGGAGGCGGAGCUAAUGCAGCAGCAGCAGGAGGUGUGAAGACCAGCACUGAGCUGCGAGGACUGGACUGACACUAGGAAUGUGUUCUUUUCUGGGUGUGGCCUUCAAAGCUGCGGCAGGCAGAGCCAGACAGAAUGACCAACAUGAAGGACACUGGCAAAAACUCACUGGCUUCAAAUGACCAAACCCAUCAUGAUCUGCAACCCCAGAGAAAAACACCAACGGAGUGAGUUUAAAUGUGACAUGGAAACACGGAAGAGUGUUACGUGAAGAGAGAGAGAGAGAGAGAGCGAGCGCGUCAGUCCGGGCUGUGUCCUGACGGCCAGAUUUCAUCAGCGCUAAUCCUUCUCCAAUCCCCAACAGCCCCUAAUCAGCCACAGGAGAUGGAGCCCUGGGCUUUUGGGCCAGUCUGCAUGAGUGUGUGUGCGUGUGUGUGCGUGCAUAUACACGCAUGCGCAUGUAUGUGUGUGUGGUCAGCCUGUAACAUGGGAACUUAGAAACCGAUUUUCUUCGGUAUGCCGUUGUUGUUAGGUUCCUCUGAGCUAGUGUAAUCUAAACAUUCCUGAAGGCAGUGUUGCAUUAAGAAAAAAAAAGCUGCUGAGCAGAAGCAGAUCAGCAUCCACAUACACGUCAGUUUCAGUGAAGCCCUCUGUAAUGUCUGUAAUGUCUGACCAGCCUAGCCAGAGUCCAGAUCCAUCUGCACAGGCCACAGUGACUGAAAUGGGAAGAAAUGUGAGGCAGUUUUCCCUACAGUUUACAGACUGAUUGUGUCAGAUUGUGUAAUAAUCCAUUUAAUGCCUCAGCCAUCACACACUCACUCACCUUGCUGUGACAGUGUGGGUCUGCUUACGUAGCCCAGCAGCCUCUAAGAUGUGUGUGCACAACACAACAAACACACAGUGUAUGAUGGCCAAACAUUUGAAUGUUUAAACAUUAGACAUUUACUUACACUAGUAUUGAUUAGGUCUGGUUAGGGAAGGUCAGAGUUCAGCAAUUUGUCUUUGAAAAGACAAUGAGAAGAUUGUAUUGCAAGACAUUGGAGCAUUGGAGGAAAAUUAAUAAUAAAAAAAUAAUAACAAUAAAAGCCAAAAAGUAUGUUAAAAAUGCAGCAAAAAUAAGAAUACAAGGUUUUGUGUGAGAAACUAAUUAAAUCCUACUUCUCUGUUUGUGUUGGAUCACUAAAAUUACUAGGCACGCACCGAAAUGAAACAUUUGGCCUAUCCAAGCACUGCUGAGGGAGGAGAUGACCUGCAGUGUGAGCCUUUUACUGCCACUUAAAAAAGGCAGAAAGACAAAAAAAGAAUACUAAGAGAAAAAAUUGCAAUAUAUCCCUAAUAAAAAAAUAUCGAAUUCUUCGAGUGGUAUAGAUUAUUCAGUCUUUUCACAGUAAUGUGGUCAAACAUUAAAUAUUUGGUGCAUCCCUAAAAUUACUUUAUUAUGCUGAAUUUUGACCUUCCAGGACCAGAAUUGAUGACACUGACUAACAACAAGAGGGGGAAAGAAAAGAAACAAACAAAAACAUGAAGCAUUCUGAUUGUUUAGGCCAUAAUAAUAAUAAUAAUGUUGUGAUGUUGAGCUCUGUUUGGCCAAGAAUGUUGACAGUAUCAUUUUUUGUCUGACAAAGCCAUGUUUAUCAUUUGUAUUCUAGGGAACUAACAACUGAUUUCAGUUGCAUCCUCUGUGAAUGAUGAUAUUUAUGAAAAAACAAACAUUGUAAAUAAAAUAGUUUUGUAGUAAACACCGUCACUGUUUUUAUUUGAUAACAUAAAAUAAAGCAAAUCCCUCAUUUUGUAUAAUAUUGCUACUGUAAACCAGUUCAAUACAUCAAUUUUUUGGGGGGAACGCACAAAUAUACUACAAUGCAUACCACAGUUUUGUCACAUAUUGUCGGACAGGCUGAGUGCAUUUUUAAUUCUAGAAUAGUCAUAGGGAUGCCGUCAGAGCAAUACAGGACAUCUUGGUAUAUAUAUUUAUAUGUAUUUCACAGAGAAAAUGGCAUCCUGCUGAUUGACUUCUUCUUUUUUUGUAACAUGCAGAACAUAGCAGGUGAGAGAUGAUGGCUACAGGAGAGCAUGAGCAUGACCUACACUUAUGUACAAAUUCAUCAUAUCAUGGUAUCGUGUGGAAACCAGUUAGAACACCUCCAAAAAGUCUCUUUAACCACAGUUGGUGCAGAACCACACUGGAACACGUUCUUCAGAUUGGGGCUGACUUAUCACGCCCCAGGAACAUUACUAGCUAAAUCACCUAUAACAAAAAGUGCGAUUAUCAACAAUCGACAACCUUCCAACCUUCAUAAUAGCCAGGCCAGGACUGGGAUUCUAAUGAAAGAUGCAAAACCUGGCACUAGGAGUUUUUUUGUUUGUUUAAAUCUUUAUAAAUAUGUUUGCUCAUACAGCAACUGAAAAAUGCUUCCCAGCAGAUCUCAAACAACACAUGGUUGAUUUCACAGUUUGCUCUCAGGUCUGUGAUAGUCCUUCGAUAAAAUAAGAAAAGAAAAAAAAAAAAGGCCCAGUCCGCAGUUGAGAAAAUCUUUUUUGAAGAAGCCUGACAUUCCCACUCCUAUUUUACAAAAGGAACUGUUAAAAUAUGUUUUGAACCUUAUUAAGCAAUUUGUGGAUUUUCUAAACUCAAUGUUGAAGUUCUUAGACAGAGAUUAAACCUAAUCGUAGACUAUAUUUUAAUUUCAAUGGAAAAUCUGCAUUCAAAAUGUUGUGUGGCUUAAUCCCGGACUGGGAAACUGCCCCAAUAAUACUGUAUAAUUCAUAAGACAAUAAACAUUUGAUAUAUAAACCCCAUAUUAGUAAAUAGUUAAUUAUAAUAGGUAAUCAAGCUUAACUGGGGAAAACCAUGAGAGUUAGAGUUAAUGCCAUGUUUGGUGGUUCUAGCAUUAAAGCUAUAUGAGAGAUGUGAAAUGUGGAUUGUUCCAGAAGCUCUUUUUUUUUUUUUUUUUUUUUU